GGUCCAGGCUGUGGAGCCAAACUCAGCGGGGGCAGCUGGACCACCACAUCAGGGCGGGCCAUGAGCUCGGGACGCCAGCCCCUGACACCCUUCAGCAUCGCAGACAUUCUAGGCCCACGCCUGGUCCCCAGAGCACCUUCUGGGCCACAGCUUCCUGAGUCCUGCUUGGAUCCCCAUCCCAGGUCACCGCUGUGGGCACUAGAAGAGCUGACUAGUAAAACUUUCCUCCGACUAGACGGGCAGCGCGCUCCGCAGCCUUCUGAAGGCAGGGCGGUCCAGGAAGCCCUGAGGGCGGGCCCGGCCAGCCGAAGGAAGCGUAAGUCGCGCACGGCAUUCACCGCGCAGCAGGUGUUGGAGCUGGAGCGGCAAUUUGUCUUCCAGAAGUAUUUAGCACCCUCGGAACGGGAUGGACUGGCUGCGAGACUUGGCCUGGCCAAUGCGCAGGUCGUCACUUGGUUCCAGAACCGCCGCGCCAAGCUCAAGCGGGACGUAGAGGAAAUGCGCGCUGAUGUGGCCUCGCUCUGCUCCUUGUCCCCGGGAGUCCUGUGCCAAUUAGCACUGCCCAAAGGCGCUCCGAGUCCUAGCCUCGCCACCACCGGGCCUGAUUCUGGACCCCAUCUAUCCGAGGAAGAGAUACAGGUGGACGAUUGAAGGUGAUGAAAGCGUCUGACAGCCCUCUGGGGUCCUAGAAGGCUCCGUGCCCUGCACUUUGUGCUGGAGGGUUUUAAGGUGGAGGGAAGAUCUACCCAGGCCUGUUCUGGCACAAGUCUGGAUUGUUGAGA